AUGGCUUCUUCAGCGAUGUUAUCUUUAACCAGAGUUAUAUCCUCAAAAUCCCAACUUUUCAAGAUCCUUCUCUCCACCUCCACCGCCACCCGCUCCUUCUCCACCACCGUCCACUCCUCUACCACCGAAUCUGAUACUGAUUCCACCACUGAGUUCUCAUCUACAGAUGAAGAUGAUGCUGCUGCUGAUGAUGAGAUCUUUGGCUAUCCCCACCCCUUUGUUAAAGAAGGGCCAGAGUUUCUGUAUAAUCUGAAAGACAAGUUUGAUGCUAUAUAUGCAAGAGUGGACUUACCUGGAGUUAGCAAAGAAGGGCUAAAGAUGUGGAUUAAAGAGGAUUCUAUUUAUGUCAGGGGUCAAGAAGUCAAGAAAGUGAGUAUUUGCUCUAAAGAAGAGGUACCCAGGAAGUAUUCUUUUGAAAUUGACCUUCCAAAGGACGAGUACAAGGCCGGGGACAUUAGAGCUGUGAUGGAGUCUGGUGUCCUAAGGGUUUUUGUGCCUAAAAUUAAACCCGAGGAGAUUGAUGAUGCUUUGGUGAUCAAGAUUGAGUGA